CUGGUUUGAGAUGAGUGGAAGAUGUCGGUGUCGGGGCUGAAGGCCGAAUUGAAGUUUCUGGAGUCAAUUUUUGACCCGAACCACGAACGAUUCAGAAUAAUAGACUGGAAGCCUGAUGAGCUUAGUUGCCAAUUUAACGUAACGGGGGAAAAACUGCUUAUCAUUCACUGCAACAUCACGGAGUCCUAUCCCUCAACACCCCCAAUAUGGUUUGUUGACUCUGAUGACCCCAGUUUGGCUGAAGUAUUGGAGCGCUUAGAAGAUGUGAGAAAAGGCAGCACAUUACUCCUUCAGCAGUUAAAACGUCUCAUAUGUGAUCUCUGUCGACUUUACAACCUGCCUCAACAUCCAGAUGUAGAAAUGCUGGACCAGCCUCUUCCUGCUGGGCCAAUCUGCCAAGAGCGAAAGCAUGGCCCAGCAGAUGAGGUGACAUCUGAGGAAGAAGAGGAGGAAGAAAUGGGAGAGCAGGACAUUGAAGACCUGGACCACUAUGAAAUGAAAGAAGAGGAGCCAGCUGAUGGGAAAAAGUCUGAGGAUGAUGGGAUAGAGAAAGAAAAUUUGGCCAUUUUGGAGAAAAUCCGUAAAAACCAGAGACAGGAUCACUUGAAUGUAAGUGCUCAUUCGGGUGCAGUCUCUGGCUCAGUGCAAGCCUCAGACCGCCUCAUGAAAGAACUCAGGGAGAUCUACCGAUCACAGAGUUACAAGACAGGUAUUUAUUCAGUGGAGCUAGUCAAUGACAGCCUUUAUGAAUGGCAUGUCAAAAUUCGAACGGUAGACCCAGAUAGUCCACUGCAUAGCGACUUGCAGGUUCUCAAGGAAAAGGAAGGGGUGGACUACAUUCUGCUCAAUUUCUCUUAUAAAGAUAAUUUUCCUUUUGAUCCACCUUUUGUACGGGUUGUUUCACCUGUGCUCUCCGGAGGUUAUGUUCUAGGAGGAGGGGCUUUAUGCAUGGAGCUUCUCACAAAACAGGGCUGGAGCAGUGCCUAUUCCAUAGAAUCUGUUAUAAUGCAGAUUAAUGCUACCCUAGUCAAAGGAAAAGCCAGGGUGCAGUUUGGAGCCAAUAAGAACCAGUACAAUCUUGCCAGAGCACAGCAGUCAUACAAAUCCCUCGUGCAGAUUCACGAAAAGAAUGGCUGGUACACACCUCCAAAAGAGGAUGGAUAAGGAACUACAACCACUGUGCACUGGGAACAUGUGUCUUUGGGUCAAAAUAUCUUGUUUUCUUUGGAAUAUUUUUCCACCCCUGACUAUUUGGGAAUAUAUCAUCUUUUCUUGUGGAAACCAACUGGCAAAUUCUUCAUCUCGUUGGCUCAAUAGACAAGUAUUUCGUCUCUCGAUCAUGGGCAAGACUUAACUCCAGUAUCACUUUGCUUCUCCCCUCAAAGUUUGCAGAGGAGAAUGAUGUGUGUGGGGGGUUCAGCUGUCCUCUUUCAAUAUGCUCAUUUGUCCUUAAAAACCUUUCCACCCUAUUAAAAUGAGGAAGUGCUUUUUUCCUUUAGCUGCUUUGACAAAGUGGGCUUGUCAAACUAUAACUUCCGCCUCCUAAACGGGAACCUUUCUAACACCAGUUAAAGCUGCCCAGAAGAAAAGCUCUGUUUUAGAGCAAACUCCCAAACUCUCAUGGCCAUAAUGUAUAAUUUUAACAGAAUGCUCUGGUGGUCAAAUUUUAAGACGAAGGAUGUUGAAGCUUUUGAAGUGGAGUUUCAUCAUAAAACAUUUUUACUGACGGCACUCUUUUCUUUUUUCUUUAUUGAAAAUUCACUGGUUUGCAGUGCAGAUAUUGUUGAAGAAAUAAUAAUAAUAAUAAUAAUAAAAAAAGACUUUUCUGGUUUGAUAAACAUCCCAGAUCAGCAAUUAGUCAGUUUCAUUAAAAAGAAGUCAAGUCAAUUUUAUUUGUAUAGCCCAUUAUCCCCAACAAAUUUGCCUCAGUGGGCUUUAAGAAGUGUGUGUUUAAACGAAGAGAGCCUAAUUACCCUGCAUACCCUACCCCUGGUGUAGCUUCUUAAAGUAACAAAUGUACUUGAGUUUAACAAAAUGAAAAUGUAAUGGUGCAGCACUGAGAUCAGUGGCAGGUAGGUAAUAAAUAGACCUGAGCUGAAUACAUACAUCAGGACUAGUGGGCAAAGACCAUGUUAGAAUGUGUAGUUUGCAUAGGUUAUCUAAAAAAAAAAUUAUCACAACAGAAAAGCAUGUAUUAUGGCAUCUGUUGGGUUAUGCUCAACAGAUAAUUGAUACGCAGUUGAAGGCACUGGCGCUAGUUCAUGGCACAAGGCGAGCUAAAAUAUGGCCAAUACUUUUUUGCUAAUUUCCGGAUGUGCUGUGCUGGCAGUAAUUGGGUACAAUGGAGGUGCAGUUGUAAAAGGGGUGAAUUAGAGAGAAUAAAUCAUCAGUAGUUAGUGAUGGGGGCUGUCUUCAAUUAUGGCCAAUCAAAUCAGCUCCUCUCAUUUCCUUUAAAAACAGCGUGUGCUCUCUGUCAUCAAUCAGUCAAUCAACUUGCAUUUUAUAUAGCGCUUUUCUAGCUGCAAUGGUGAACUGUCAGUUUCGUAAUGGACGGCGAAAGUCCAGACCAGCUAAGGCAGAAAAGCUCCUCCCAGGAGGAAACUAAUGUCAUUGUUCGGGAGGUGCCGAGUCACCAAGUGUGCAUACAACAGAUUAACACCAACUCCAAUGUGAUAUGAGACAACACACAAACAUGAUUAUUUGACAGGCUACUGUUGAACGUGUCUUCAUUCUCACCAGCGUCUUCCUCUCUUUCCUGCACAUUCUAUGAACACAGCAGGAGACCUUAAAAAGUUGUGAUCAUGGAUCAGUUAGCCUAGGCUAUCAGUUCAUUCUUUCAGAUUGAAUGAGGUUAAUUGAACUAUUGAAAUUCCUGUCACCAUGUUGUUUUCCGUGCAUAAUGAUGUACGUUGACCGUUUUAUGUUGGAAGACAAUGUUUUGUGAUUAAAAGUGUUUAGGAUAGUAGUCAUCAAUUAUUCAGAAAAUAGGCCAGUAUAACAUCUACAAAAAUCACACACGCAACUUUUGCGUGAGUCUAUGCUUAGUGCACCUUGGCUUAAAGCCUGGAAACUACCGCAGCACCUGUGUCUGCACUAAGAAUUGGCCUGACCAGGCAGAGGUGCAGGUGUAAGAUUUGGUUUUAUUUGACACCAAUCUAGCAUUGUGCCACCUGAUUUUGAUUGAUGCACCCUCUGCUGUGCCUCCACAGCCAUUUCGGGGCAAAUGAUAGCAUGGCGAGUCCAGAAAUUAGCAAACACGCCCAGACGAGAGAAAAACCACCUUGUGUCCAACAAAAUUGUCAGUACGCCUGCGUUAGCGCUACCGCUGACCUUGUGCUGCUCGGAAACUAAAGCCCCUUAUGUGCUCAAAGUUGAUAACCACCUUUUUGUUCAGGGGCCUUCUCGUGACUGCUUUUGUAUCCCCUUUUUGGAAUAUGCGUAGAUUUUUCCGACAGAAAUCACUCUGUUUGACAGAACCCUGCUAAGAUGGGCUUCCAAAGAAGAAUUCAAUGUUUUGGUUGCUAGAUUUUCAUUCUACCCAUUCUUGCACCAAAUUUGUGUGCAAUAUUUUUUGUAAAAAUAUUGCUUGUAGUGUUUUACCUCUGCUGUAGUUAAUCCUUCCAGUGUCCCAGUAAACGAUUACUUUGUUACAUUACAUGCAGUUGUAUUCACCCCAUGCCAUCCAUGUCCUCAUAUACUCUGCUGUCUAAUUUGUUAAGCCUCUUCAGCCAGGAAGUAAAUCGAAUGGACUUAGUUUGCUACCUUUUAUAUAUCAAGGGGUAUGUUUUGGUUUCUGUAUUGGUGUGUAAUAAGGAUUAGGCCUACUCUGAAACUUAGAAUGCCCAAGAGACAUUAAGAUUAACCUUCACCAUGCAAUAUGGUAAAACAUCAGUGCUAUUGUUCCCCAAGACAAACACUGUAUAUCCACCUAUGGGAUCUUUUGCAAUUCUUUUCUUAACACUGUCUGCAAAAGUAGUUUUGAAAGACAACUCAGGUAAACAAACCAUAAUUUGGAGGGGAACAUGUACAUAAAAAUGUGUAUUUUAUGAACGUUAUGAUGCUCUGUAACCUCAGUUUAGACUUUUAUCCACUCAAAGAACUGAAACAUCUGUAAUGAGCUUUAUAAUUUAAAGCUUGACACACCGACUUAAGUUUCCAAUAAUAUAUUUCACUGUCAGGGGAGGGCAAUUACAGAGCAUUUCUAAUGAAAGAUCAGACCUGCAUAGUAUUGUAUUGACAUGAUUUCUACUCCAUGCAAUGGCUCAUCCAACCCAUUGUUGUAUUUUGUCUUCAUCCUUUAAAUUGGUAAGGGAUAUAUGUUUUUCACAGUCUGGGAGGUCCAAAAAAUCUCCUGAUUCUUAAUGUUUUUGCACAAAUGGCGAUAAUGUGCCUAGAGAGGUCAAUACAAAAACAAAUAAGAUGUGAACUAAAUAUUUUUAAAUUUGGGGGGGGUCUAUUUCUCAACACACCAGUCUACAUCCUAUUGUUACACCUCAGAAUCAUGGCGGUUCAGAGAUAAUGAGGGCAAAGAAGGAAGGAUGGUGAGGUGAUUUUACAAGAAAGUGUCCUCAGCUCCAACUCCUCACUGAAGAAUCCCUUUCGGGUCAUUGACAACAACCCAUAAGAGUCUUUAUACACCUUUCUAAUGCUUGACUCCAAAUGCCAAAACUCUGGUCAGAGGGGAUACUAAAAAGAUCAUUCACAUGUAAUAGUCAUGCCAUGAUGAGUAGAUUUGCACGCUUCUUUUUAACUGAACAGUGUAUUGAAAAGGUUCGUCUAUCUCAAUUGUGAAUUCAUUUUCUGGCACCAGUGUAUGGUUGGCAGAUUAUCAAGUUUGGCGCCGUCGGCAUGCUCUGGUUUUGAUUUUCCAUUUUUCAUUAAAAGAAAUUUUGACCAUGUACAGUAAUUUGUAAACUUGCAUCAAGUUUAUGAAUAAAGAAUU